AUGGAUGAAUUGGUAGAUCUUGUACCAGCAAAUAUGCAGUGUGUUGAACAGACUAUCAAGGAUAUGCCGGUGUGUAUCAUGAACGGAUUUGUUCGGCUUUUGCAUUUCGACUACCUCAGCAAAGUGACGUCUGAGAUUACCGGAGCUAUGGAAGAAUUUGGCUUUGACUGGCGAAGUUUCAAUGCUACCACAUUUCGAACUAACUUUCUGGAUAUGAUUCCGCCAGAAGUUUUGGAUAAAUGGUUUUCAUUAUUUGCUCAUCUAAGCGAGGACGGUAACACGACUACACUGGACGAGCGUAAGGUGUGUAGGCUAUAUGCUAGAAUGCUUCUGAAGCCGUUUCAUAUGCAAGAGUUCCUCGUCGCCUGGCAGCAGAGUGUCCCUCCUAACAUGAAUACAAGUUUGGAAAUGUUAGACGGAUUAGCAAUUUUACAUCACGACCCUCCGCCUUGUGUACAGUACUUUCCGGAAGAGGAGCUUUCCCCUUCGGGUUUGGAACGGUUUCAGCGGCUGUUUUUGGAAAAAGAAAAAUGGUCCAUGGAAGAAAUCGAACCUUAUGCGAGGAAGAUGGGUGAUGAAAUGGAGAUGACUACAAAUGGAAAUGAACAGUCAAAUUCCGCAGUGCCUGAAACGCGUAAUGUGGAAACACGGAGUGACAUGGUGCAGAAGAUUCUUCCUGAAGAAGAGGAGGUGUUCGGCUAUGUCGCUGCGUACGCUCCUUUAAAUGAAGUGAUAACACCGAUGCUGAAGCCAUUUCUCCCGGACUUCGUUCCGAUG